UCGCCUUAACCGCGUGAGCGCUGAAAGCAGCUGACGUUUGCCGCGUGUACGCCACCGACAUUCAGUGCCGUUCAAAAUGCCUUGGGGAGUGCAGUGUAGCUCCGCCGGCAACUGCUGCAACCCGUAAAAAAACAUAUUACAUCCCUUUCGCACUUAUUCACUUUGACCAUAUUUGACGGGAUCCAAACAACGUUCAAAUAACAAAACGGGGCUUUCCGUCGACAACGCGCUUUACACACGUCCACGAUUGCCGAACGGAGACGAUGCACAACACAUAGGACCAACAAAAUGUUUCACGAGAAUGAAAUGGAUUGAUACUGUAGCUGUUAUAAUUUGAUGAUAAUACCAGAGAAAUGAUUUAAACAUAAGAUGGUCGACAAUGUCAACCACACUGAACUUAUCUAUGGCGACCUGCCAUAUCCAGACGAUAGCACGCACUGGGUGGAUAAGCCUAAGUCCAACCAAGUGGUGGCUCUUGAAGAAACUGACGAAACAACAGCUCUGCCUUCCGAAAUGAUUCCUACGGGAACGGGAGGUCCAAUUGUCAUACGGACUGAAGAGGCGUUUAUUGUCAUAUGCGUAAUGAUAUUGUGGGUAGCGGCCAUUGCAUUGUUCUUCAACAGAUGGGGCAAAAUUCGUAUGCUGGAACCUUACCAGCCAAAAUUUCACGAAGAAGAACAUCGACCUAGUUGCCCAAUGGUCGAACUAUCCAGUGCUUCAGCCUUAGGUCAUAGUAUAACAGGAGGGCAUCGAACUUCGUUCUCGAAAUUCAACGUGAACAGCUGCAUCGAACCGUCGGCGAUAUUUCAGACCAUUCAGCCGACGCACCGGGCGCUGCAGAUCCGGCCUAGGCAGAAUUCGAUGUUUGCUGGCGGCGGGGCCCUGCCGGGCUCUUGCGGCGCACCGAUUGGCCACUGCACGCUGAUGUCGGACCGGCCCAGGAAAGCCAAGUCGGCCGCCGACAUCAAGUCGCUGAUGCAACACGAGUGCGGCCCGGCCCGGACCAGCCGGUCCAUGUUGCCCAUGACGGUGUCGGAGCGGCGGGUGUCUUGCGCGGCGUCCGGCUCGCUGAUGGUGUCGGCCGUCAAGGAGCGUCGGUCGUGCAGCCUGUUCCCGUCCGCGUCGGACAAGCGUUUCGUGCCGCCCCCGCUGUCGUCGUCCGCGUUCCAGAGCCAACCGGCGCCGUGUUUGUGCGACGCGCCCUCGUCCGCGUGGGCCCAGGCCAAACGCGAGUUCCUGAUGAUGCCGUCGACGUCCCUCGGCGGCAGCCGCCGGACGUCGUGCGGCAUGGACCAUCUGUGCCCGACGUCCAUAACGUUGAAGGACAGGCGACCGUCGUUCAACAACGUCAUCGCUCAGGUAACGGCAGAACGGCGACCGUCGUCCAGCAUGCUCAGGAUCAGCAACGUCUAACGAUCAUUUUUUUUUUUUCUUUUUCAAUUUUCCACGUUGUAUUGUAGUCACAGUGGAUGUGCUUAGUUUUACUUUCGCUUAGUACAAUUAUUAUUAUUAUUAUUAUCUGACCACAACGCUGAAAUUUAAUCGAUUUAGUUAUGGUCGAAAUUUGUACCGUGUAACUUUUGCCGUUAGUUCGUGUGAAUUGUAUCAUCAAUUUUGAUUUAGGACGGUCAAAACCGUACGUGUUAUCGUUUGGGACAUUGUAUACUAUUCCAAGUUUGGAUUCUCUAUUGUACGAUUUCACAUUGCCUUUGAUUCAAAGGGUUAACCAUAAUAAGUCCGUUCACAGCUGUUCAGGAUAAUAACCAUAACAGUCGUAUUAGGUUUAAAUUUCCAACAGCGCGUUUGAUUCCCAAGUAUAAUUUGUACACGGAUUGUCUUAUCUCGACAUCUUUUUUCGCUGACAUUAGCAUUUUACCGCAGUCGAUAUCCCCACAAAACCAACACGAUCAUCAAAAUUAACACUCGGCGUUUUUAUUUAAUUUGAACAUUUCUGACGUUUGAUUUGUAGUUUUAACGGCCAAAAGGUGCUUACGCAUAGUGUGUUGUGUUGUCCUUGCCAAAUAAAAGACCGCCGAUACGCCGCAGAAUCCUAUACGAUACAGAUAAAGAUAAAAAAAAAACUAUAAAUAUAUUUAUUUAAUUUCUCCUGUGGGCAGCAAAUACUAUCGAAAAUUCCGGUUUUUUCCCUUCUGUUUAACAAGUUACCGCCGCCUUGGGAUAAAUUAUCGUUAGUGGUUGUAUUAAAAUGGACGGGGUAUAGCCCAUACGGUUUUAGAUCACAACACGGGAGUCGUUUUAAACUAGAGAGCAAGAGUAUGGACUAUGGGAGUGAAUGUAGAGCGGGAGGAGGGUUUUGUUCAAGUGUCCGACAGGAUCGUUUUGAACACACUCGAACCGGAAACCCAUAGGGUUAUAACGCGGCGACUUCAUCGCUCGGCCCACACGGCCUAUGCUUGUGUUAUACCCGACAAGUAUUGGUGUUUGACCUCGGUCGUAUUCUCAGGACACGUGUCUGUGUAUCAUUCUAUGUUAUUAUGGAUCAUAAAUAUCUCCAUGGAAGUACACACAAAGAGGUCGCGCUGUCGUUAACGCCACACUAGCCAAAACGAUUCGGAUCGCAUCUAAAUGGUUUUUAUCGUUUGUAUACCGUCUUAACGAGGCCGAAUGCCUAAGACAGUCGUUCGAUCCCUUUGCUUUUGUCGUUUUUAUUGCCACGGCGAUCCCACUCGGAUUCAGAUGAAGCCGUUCGACAUUGUCUGUUGUCAUGGCGUGUGUAUAUUAUUAUCAUCUCCCUCGGUUAGGCCACUUCGGGUUGGUCCACAAACAUCCCUUGUCCACUGCAAUCCAACGGUUAUUACCCUAACCCGGUCGGUGUGAUCGUUUUUAAAAAUUUUUUCAUUACACUUUAACAUUACAUAAUGUGUACCUACCGCCAAAGUGAACGGAGCACGCCAAAAAUCGCCCUUACCGUAGCCCAACAUUGUAAUUGCGAUUUCGCAUCAGCUAUGAGUUAUUAUAAUUAUUAUUUUGUUUUCGAAUAAGCCGAAUUUUCUGAAGCACCAAUGAAAUAAUAAUAAUUAUUAUUGAUUCUGUUUGAUCGCCGGGAACGGCCGAAUCGGAUAUUGUAUUUUUAUAACUUCUCGUACGAACGUUCUUUAAUAUACAUUUUAGUAUUAUAAUAAUAUAUUGUUGUAUGUCUCAUUAGGUAGUAGUUGUAAAAAAAAAAAAUUAACAGGUUACAAACGUAUGUAGGUUAUAAGGUAUUGCUUUUACAUUAUUCUGUAAGUAUAGAAUAUAAUAAUAUAUGAUAGCAAAAUAGUUUUUAUUUAAAGUUAGGUUAAAAUUUAUAAUAAAAGAGUAGCACGUAGAUAUAUACAAUAUAUGUAUACAAUUUACUUAUGCAGAAGUAAUAGGCGUUUUUUUAACUUAAGAUAUUUUAACUAUGAAUACCAUGUUGUUUAUCUAAAAGCGUGCAAGAAUUGUAAACGCAGAGAUAUAACCAACGAUUUUUUUCACUAUAACAAUUUACCAGAAUAAUAUUUAAUUUUUAAAAACGCUUUAACGUUUUCACCUCUCUGUUUAAUUUUAAUAGAAUUCACUACUGUCACUACUGGUCUUAUCAGAAUGACAUAUGCCAAUGUUUUUGCUAUCUUAAAUAGUAUUGUCAAGUGCCAAAAUAUUGAGCACAAUUAUAAUGAAUAUUUAAUAUUUACCGAAAUAAUGAUAAUUAUAAAAUAUAAUUGAAUAGAAGAACGACCAAUUACAUAUAUAUUUUACCUUUUAAAUCUAUAUUAUAAUAUAAAUACAUUAUUGAAAUAAUUGUUAGUAUAAUUUUAUUCAUAUCUAUAUUUUAUACAGUAGAUUGUUUGUUAUUUUGUUUUUGUAUUUUAAUUAUAAUUUAAUUCUGUAUUGAUGACUCAUCUACAGUUCAUUUUUAAAAGAUGAAAAGCGGUUGCUGGACCACAAUUAAAGUAGGCAAUUAUACACUCUGUUACAUCCACAACAGAGUGUAUAAAUAAGUAAUUUAUUUAAUUAAUAUAGUUCAUAACUAUAUGUAAGACUUUUAACUUUUAUCUUCGGAUAAAAAUAACAAUUUAGAAUAAAUAGAAGUAUAAACUAAUAGAAUUAGAGUGACUAAGAUUUAUAUUAUCCACUGAAAAAAUAUACAUAGUUGUUAUUAUAAAAUAACUUCUAAAUAGUACAUAGAAUACGAUUUAUACAUGUAUAAAAAGAG